AUGAAGUCUUUAUCCACAGCUGCCCUGGCGUUGACUUUGCCUUCUCUAUUCACAGGCGCUCUGGCAAUUAGUUUGCCGCCCUACCCCACGGAUGCGCCUGCCAUCCCUCCCCAGGCUACACGCUCGGAAAUUGAGGCCUCAGCUGCCAAAACCGUACCAGAGUCGCCAGUUUCCAAUGUUAAAGGUCUUGCAUUCGACCGAUUCUACCAACUCUGGAUGGAGAACACAAACUUCGAGGAUGCAGCCGCCGUUGAGGACAUGCAGUGGCUAGCAUCUCAGGGAAUUCUUCUCACCAACUACUAUGGUGUCACCCACCCUUCUAUGCCUAAUUACUGCGCAUCGGUCGGUGGUGACACUUGGGGAAUGGACCACGACAGCUUCAUCGAGAUGCCUUCCAACAUUUCCACGGUUGCUGAUCUCCUUGAUACCAAGGGUAUCUCAUGGGGAGAGUACCAAGAAGACUUGCCAUAUGCCGGGUUCGAGGGAUUCAACUUCACCAAUCCGGUCACUUCGGAUGACGAUUAUGCUCGCAGACAUAAUCCCUUGAUCAAUUUCAAGUCAAUUACCAACAACAAGACUCGCGCACGCCAGAUCAAAAGUUUCACCGAAUUUGAAUAUGAUCUAUCAAACAAGAAGUUGCCACAAUGGGCUUUUAUGACACCUAAUGUUACCAACGAUGCGCACGAUACCAACAUUACUUUUGGUGGCAAAUGGGAGCGAGGCUAUAUGGCUAACCUACUUAAAAACGAAUACUUCAUGAACAACACAAUGGUCCUAUUGACAUUUGACGAAGAUGGGUACGUCGAAAACAACAGGGUCUUCAGUGUGCUUGUUGGUGGCGCUGUUCCAGAUCAUUUGAAGGGAACCAAGGACGAUACCUUCUACACCCACUACUCCAGCAUUGCAUCUGUUUCUGCCAAUUGGGGUCUUCCAUCCCUUGGCCGCUGGGACUGCGGAGCCAAUCUCUUUGAGAUUGUGGCUAACAAGACUGGUUACGUCAACUACGAAGUUGACACUACGAAUUUGCUUCUCAAUGAGACAUACCCUGGUCCUGCAGCCAUUGGCUGGAUUGGAAAAUAUUCACCCGUGUGGCCAAUUCCUAUCACUGAUGCCAAAUGCUCAGCUGGCCAUGGCGUUCUAGAUUCCGUCAAAAGUCAAUAUGGUAGCCUUUCCCCAACAUACAACUACACCAGUCCAUUCCCAAUCGAUGCGAAAAACGACUACAAUACGAAUGUCACUGCCGUCCGCCUAUCUAGCACCGCCUCUACAAACUCGACAGCAGGCACGCCAUCGGCACAAACAAAGACUACCAUCAGCGCUGGUGUGGCUGUCUCAGCUUCCAGCUCUACGACUAUCUCGGCAGUUCUCGGAAGUCUUCUUUUUUGUCUUAUCUAA